AUGGACUCUGAGGAGUUCCAAGUUUACUUUCCACAGCAGUCACUGAGAGUGAGAGAAGAGAAGGUAAUAUCACACAAAGCUGUAACAAAAGAAGAGUUGGCAGCAGCUGUAGAUGCAUGGAAUUCUGGGAAGAGUAAAUAUCCAAAACCACUGGAGCGUAAACAUCCAAUAUUGCCAAAAGAGGGUGAAAGAAACAUACUUAUUACCAGUGAACUGCCAUAUGUAAACAAUGUGCCACAUCUUGGUAAUAUUAUUGGUUGUGUAAUUAGUGCUGAUGUCUUCUCUAGAUUUUGUCAACUGAGAGGAUAUAACUGUUUAUUUGUCUGUGGUACAGAUGAAUAUGGGACUGCUACAGAAACUAAGGCCAUUGAGGAAAAGCUGACGCCACAACAGAUCUGUGAUAAAUAUAACAAGUUACAUACAGAAAUUUAUGAUUGGUUCAAUUUUGAUUGUGACUUUUUUGGCAGGACAACAAUCAAAGAACAGACAAGUAUAGCACAAGAUAUAUUCUGGAAGUUAUACAAUCAAGGAUUUAUAUUGAAAGACAGCAUUGAUCAACUUCAUUGUACAGCUUGUGAUAGAAGAUUUACACACGUUUGUUUCUGCUGUGGAAAAUUAAUCAAUGCCGUAGAUCUACGCAACCCGAAGUGUAAACUAUGUUAAGCUACACCUGUCAUCAAAAGUACACAACAUGUAUUCCUAGAUUUACCUAAGAUUGAACCACAGCUGCAGAAACAUCUAGACAAAGUAUUCAAAUCAGGCAAAUGGACAAAUAAUGCCAAAGUAAUUACAAGCUAUUGGAUACGAGAUGGACUAAAGCCCAGAUGUAUCAUCAGAGAUCUAAAAUGGGGAACACAAGUACCAUUGUCAGGGUACACUGAUAAGGUGUUCUAUGUAUGGUUUGAUGCACCCAUUUGAUAUAUUUCAAUAACAGCCAAUUACACAGAGCAUUGGGAGCAAUGGUGGAAUAAUCCAGACAAGGUUGAUAUGUAUAAUUUCCUUGGUAAAGACAAUGUUCCAUUCCAUUCUGUCAUAUUCCCGUGUACAAUGCUAGGAGCUAACGAUAACUACACAGUUGUCAAACACAUGAUAGCAACAGAGUACCUGAACUACGAAGAUGGCAAAUUUUCCAGAAGUCGUGGAACAGGUGUGUUUGGAAACCAAGCCAAUGACACAGGGCUACCUGCUGAUAUCUUCAGAUUUUACUUACUGUAUGUCAGGCCAGAAUCACAGGAUAGCAGCUUCAGUUGGGAUGAUUUCUUGUUGAAAAAUAACAGUGAACUUCUAAACAAUCUUGGAAACUUCAUUAACAGGGGGUUGAAGUUUCUCAGUGACAAAUGUUGUGGAGUUAUCCAGGAAAUGAAUCUUAGAGAUGAAGAUAAGGAGCGGUUGGCCCUUAUAAACAGGGAAUUACAAACAUACAUUGAUAAUAUGGAACAGGCAAUAUUGAGAGACUCCAUACGUAACAUAAUGAGCAUAUCCAGAUUAGGGAACUAGUUCAUGCAGUCUAACAAACCAUGGGUCUUAGUUAAAGGUAGCGCAGACGACAAGUCAAGAUCGGGAACAGUUGUUAGUUUAGCUGUCAACAUUGCCAAUCUUUUGUCUGUGGUGUAG